GAGAGCGCAAUUUACCUUACCUUGUAUAAUACAUAUUAGCAUUAGCCUAAUCUAUACGUAGCUGCAGGCGGGGUACAUUAAUGGGGAAUUUGAAACAUCCUUCCUUACAAUGGAGUAGCUGGCAGUGGAGUAACUAAAUGCGGCAUCGCGUCCGUUCCCUAACUUGACCCGCAUCGCAACUCGAAAGAACGAAAAGGAGUGGGCAGUAACUCCCUCCUCAAGCAUAUCUCAUAUUGUCGCUCCCCCUAUAAUAGAGCACUUCCCAUGGCUGUUAUUAUUGAUCAUGGUGCGCAAAAGAAGCUUCUCGAAUGCUUCUUCGACCUCUUCUCUUCCAGAGGGAAAUCAGGAGCUGGAGAGUAUGUAUGACUACCUAGCAAAAGUUAUUCUUCUUGGUCCUAGUGGCGCUGGGAAGUCUUGUGUGCUACACCGAUUUGUGAAGAACGAAUGGAGAGUGCUAUCGUCGCAAACGAUCGGCGUAGAGUUCUCCUCGAGAAUCGUCAAAUUAGGCACCGGCUCUCGCCGAACAAGGAUAAAGCUACAACUUUGGGAUACUGCAGGUACUGAGAGGUUCCGCUCUGUUUCUAGAUCCUAUUAUCGGGGAGCGGCUGGAGCCAUUCUUAUCUACGACCUAUCAUCCCAUGCCUCAUUUGCGUCCCUUUCUACUUUUCUCAUGGAUGCGCGUGCCCUUGCCUCCCCUAACCUUACUGUGUUACUGGCCGGUAAUAAAACGGAUCUCACAUGUGACUCCAUGUUGCAUUGUGACACCAUCGAGGACGGCACGCGGCCUCCUCCUACCCCUUCCAGCACUUCCAGCAAGCGAUCUUCAUUUGCAUUCGAUUCAGGGGGUGGAUCUGUUCGCUCUACUAGUCAUUUGAUGACUGGGACACGCAUGACCGCUACAUAUGCUCCCCAUGGUCGUGAAGUUGGCUUCGAAGAAUCCUCCUGGUGGGCUGCUAAAUCAAACAUACCCGUCGCCGUUGAAAUCUCAGCCCUCACCGGAGAAGGUGUGGAAGAAUUAUUUAACCGGCUGGCCCGGAUCAUUUUGACUAAAAUCGAAUUGGGUGAAAUUGACCCUGACGAUCCCCAAAGUGGUAUUCAGUAUGGCGAUGGCGAUGGCGGUCUUUACGGCCAUGGUACAAGUGAUGGCUCUAGCGUACGGAGCCGAAUAGCGUUUGACGAAAGCGCAGUUCAGCUGCACAAUCGAAACCCUAGAAGAAACACAAGUAAGUGGACAAGCAGUAUGAGGGAAUGGGAGGAUGUCUUCCGGUUGAGUGGCUCACAUAAUAAAAACGGUGAAGGGUGUUGCUGAUCUUUUUUGGAUCUCGCCCCUGGGUAGUCGUCUCACAGCUCCAAACUCUUUCGUUUGCUUUUUACCACAGUUGUCCUUUGCCCUUCAUUGCGGCUGUGGUACCGUUUCUUCAGCCUACCUACCCUGGGUAGAUGAGGCAUGCUGGCAUCUUUUAUGGACUACCAGGUUGCCGUAAAUGCCCUCCUUCCUUUGAGUUCGAUCAACUGGUGCCUUCUCUCUCCCCCGUACGGCACACCGUGUAAUAGGAACUCUCCUGUCGUUGAUUGCAUAGCAAGAUACCCCUAAUGACUUUCUUUGACGGUAUUGAAUGAUUGCUUGCUACACUUGUUGAUUUGCAGAAUUAAAGGGUCUCAACCGAAUCAUGUCAGCUUUUCAAUCGUCUCGCUAUUGACUGUGGGAUGUUUAUCUUUUACACAACGAACGAUAUACUAAUAAUAGAUUAAGAGAAGUCGA